AUGAAUAGAUCGCCGGGUGAGUUUCAGAGGUACGCAAAGGCGUUUCAAAAACAAUUGUCCAAGGUACAGCAGCCUGGAGGCAAAGGCCGAGUGCCUUCACCAAAGGGGGCAUUUGCGGGUCUUGGAGGUUUGCUUCUGCUUGGAGGUGGUGCCCUCUUCGUCAAUAAUGCAUUGUUCAAUGUAGAUGGUGGUCAUAGGGCCAUUGUUUAUUCCAGGAUACACGGUGUCUCUAGUAAGAUAUUCAACGAAGGUACGCACUUUAUAUUCCCUUGGCUUGACACCCCGAUCAUUUAUGACGUGAGAGCAAAGCCUCGUAAUGUUGCCUCUUUGACGGGUACGAAAGAUUUACAAAUGGUGAAUAUUACCUGUAGAGUGCUUUCUAGGCCGGAUGUGGCACAAUUGCCCAUCAUAUAUAGAACUUUGGGUCAGGAUUACGAUGAAAGAGUCUUACCUUCUAUCGUCAAUGAAGUGCUAAAGUCAGUGGUGGCCCAAUUCAAUGCGUCUCAAUUAAUCACUCAAAGAGAGAAAGUCUCCAGGUUGAUUCGUGAAAACUUGGUUCGCCGUGCAACCAGAUUCAAUAUUUUACUGGAUGAUGUCUCUAUUACGUACAUGACAUUUUCUCCAGAAUUCACCAAUGCCGUAGAGGCCAAGCAAAUUGCGCAGCAAGAUGCCCAAAGAGCAGCAUUCGUGGUUGAUAAAGCCAGACAAGAAAAGCAAGGUAUGGUAGUAAAGGCACAAGGUGAAGCCAAGUCUGCAGAAUUGAUUGGUGAAGCCAUCAAAAAAUCAAGAGACUACGUAGAGUUGAAAAGAUUGGACACAGCCAGGGACAUCGCGAAGAUCUUAGCUAACUCUCCUAACAGGGUCAUCUUGGACAAUGAAGCAUUGUUGUUGAACACUGUGGUGGACGCAAGAAUCGACGGAAGGGGCAAAUAA